UCUCGUUAAACUAAUCCCCCAUAAAAAAACCAUACCCCGACACGCCCUACUUGCUUGCGACAUACACGUUGCGUGAGAAGCAGCAUUGUGCGGGUACUUACAACUGUUGUAAUGGGUGGAAAAUGUGGAUUACUUGGGGCAUGAACAGCUAAAGGUCAGAUGAGACUUGACAACACACGCCGGCUGCCCUACUGCCAUUCCCUGGCGCUGGGUCCCUCGCUGUUUUAUUUUAAACCCCAACUUUUUCCUGUGGUACACCCAUCCUCACGUGCCCCUAAACCCACUAUUACUUUCAUAGAAACUCCUGGCGCCAUUGGCUACGUGAAUAUAACAUUUAUUAUAGUGUUUAAGGCGGGGGAAAAGUGAUAAUAUGCGAGUGAUUAUCAGUCUGGAGUACAGCUGUUCAGUGCCGUCUGCGGAAGCUCUGUGUACUCACUACUGUAGCUUCGUCUCUUGCUGCUGCUGCUCACUCCUCUUCGUACUCACCGCGUUUAUUACAAGCUCAACUCCAUACUGAGCGCUUGCGGACACAGGCGGUAUGGAGGAGGCAGUGACCUGCGCCGUGUGUUCUGAGGUGUACCAGAAGGGGCCCCGCGAGCCCCUGGUGCUGCCCUGCGGCCACACCUUCUGCCGCAGCUGCCUCUUCAACCUCCACUCCUCCCCCGACUUCCUCUGCCCGACCUGCCGCAGAGACCACAGCCACCUGGAGAUGGACAAGGUACCUCUCUGCUUCUCCCUGCUCGGGCUAUCAGCCACCUACAUGGGAAGUCAGGUAAUUCAGCGUGAGAUGUGCCGGGAACACCGUGGAGAACUGAGCUACUGGUGCCGGGAGUGUGAGAUGCCCUUGUGUGGGCUGUGUCUCUACUUCGGCCACCCGCCAGGCCACGAUGUCCGCCCCUCUAAGGUCUGUCUCCAGGAGAAGAAACGCUCCCUGCAAGCCCAGAUCAAAGCCUACCAGGAUAGCGUAACUGAAAAGAAAAGGGAAAUUGCUCAAAAAGUCAGCAGCUGCGUUUUGAAAAUCAAGAGACUUUGUUACAAGUGCAAUCGACUCCACGAGGUUGGAAAAGACGUCGCGGAGCUCUCAAAAGAGGUUGAAGACUCGGGGAACCUUGAGGCUAUUUUAGUAGCGGAGGUGAAGGUGAAAAGCCUCGAAGACAAGCAGCUACUCCAGUUUUCACCUGCAGGCGACGAGGCUGAUGACGAUGAUGCCACUGACGACGACGACUCAUCGGUUUCCGAGGACAUGGCUACAGACCCAAGCGUCAGUGGCGCCGUGGGACAGCAGCUGACGGCGGCUGACUGCGUCCCGGCCGUCAGCCAGCGUUCCCGACUGGACUACAGGGGCGGCAAACUGCUUCUUCACUCCUUCACGCCACGUGUCGACUCCCGCCUCUUUGUGCAGAUGCCGUCGGAGGUGUUCUUGGAGCUGGGGGUUGAUGGGAGGUGUUUGGGUCGUGUUCACAUCCUGGUCCAGACUCAUCUUCGACGAGCGCAGCAGUUCAUGCUACUCUGCCUCGGCAUUCUUGGGCCUUCCUACGUCGGCGCCUCCUUCGUCAUCACCGCUCCCAACCAGGAGAGAGAGACUCUGGACUCUCGCCGAUACGUACUUCCGGAUGGCAGCACCAGCAACCGGAUACUGAUGGCCGAUCUAGAAUGGGGCGGGAAGUUCGCGGGCCCGGCGAAGGAGGGUGUGGUCAUGGGUUCCUACUACGGAACAGACACGCACGGCUUCGGGAUCUGCACCAGAGGACAACUCGGCGGGGUCUUCCAGUGUCCCUUCGGCGAGGUGCUAUCAGGCAUGGAGGUAAUACGAGCCGCUGUCCGGCACGACCCCGUCACCGACGUGACCAUCACUGACUGUGGCCUCGUAGUCCCUGACCUCGCAUCAUAAAUACCUCUCUGCUCCGGGAGCUUUAGCAGGGGAUUAGCUUCGUGGUGACGUCGCUUUGUCAAAUAUCUGGUGCAAUAGUAGGGAUUCGCUGUUGGCUUUGGGACCUGUGUAACUGUAGUCAUCUCAUCUCUCUCUCUCUCUCCUCUCUCUCCUCUCUCUCUCUCUCUCUCUCUCUCUCUCUCUCUCUCUCUCUCUCUCUCUCUCUCUCUCUCUCUCUCUCUCUCUCUCUCUCAAAAUCGUCUUUCCCCUUUCUAACUCCAUCCUUCCUUCUCUUCUUUUUUGUCUCCUUCCUCCCUCCCUUUCUUUCUCUUCCUCUCUUCCCCUCCCUCGCUCCAUCUACCUAGAUCCUCGAGGAAACUCUUAUCAUGCAACUUGCUUAGAUAACAUUUGUGUUCUAAAUCAUAUGCAAGCCAUUAGCCACCAUGAAUGUCAGAAUCGGGCCUAAAUCAGAAGCAGUCUUGGGGGGGAGUGGGGGGGGGGGGGUCUGAGACGACCCCCAGACUCAGGAGACGCCCUGCACCCUCUCCAAGACCCACGUCUCGCCCUGCACCCUCUCCAAGACCCACGUCUUGGAGACCCACACUGGAGGUCGGUUAGACUGCGGCGCUGUAACCUUCUUGGUUUUAAUUAGAUCUUCGGUAAGAAAGAGUCAGAAGGAACAUGUAAUUAUUAUUACAAGUAUUUUCAUUAUAGUUUAGAAUUGAU